CUUGUAUCUCCUCAGUACGUAGCUGGGUCAUCUAGCUACUUUUCUCAGGAUACGCGUUAGGAUUUUUGUCCUCGACUGCCCGGGUACGGCCUAGGUACCAUCUUCUCGGCACUUUUACGUUUCAACCAUUUCAUUGGAAAUCUAUCUCCGUUUGCGUUCUAUCAUACGCCAUCAACAUGAGAGUUCUUCCAGCUACACUGCUGGUUGGUGCGGCCACUGCCGCUACACCAGCCCAGCAGGUGCUCGGCGGUCUCCAGGACUUCGGGAAUGCCGUACAAGACGCUAUGCAUGAGAAUUUGCCGAAGAUAAACAAGCCGCUUGAAGCUUUCCAGGAGCAGCUCAAGUCCCUUUAUGAGGCUCGUGAAUUCUGGGAGGAGGUUGCCAAUGCUUUCCCCCAAAACCUUGACCACAACCCUGUCUUUUCUCUGCCGAAAAAGCACACACGCCGUCCUGACUCGCACUGGGACCAUAUUGUCCGUGGUGCUGAUGUCCAGAGUGUCUGGGUGACAGGAGAGAAUGGCGAGAAGGAGAGGGAGAUUGAGGGUAAGCUUGAGGCCUAUGAUCUUAGGAUCAAGAAGACAGACCCCUCUUCCCUGGGUAUCGACCCCGAUGUCAAGCAAUACACGGGGUAUCUGGAUGACAAUGAAAAUGAUAAACAUUUGUUUUACUGGUUCUUUGAGUCACGAAACGACCCCAAAAACGAUCCUGUGGUUCUGUGGUUGAACGGUGGCCCUGGCUGUUCUUCUCUCACUGGACUCUUCAUGGAGCUUGGGCCCAGCAGUAUUGAUGAGAACAUCAAGCCGGUUUAUAACCCGUAUGCGUGGAACUCCAACGCUUCCGUUAUCUUCUUGGACCAGCCCGUCAACGUUGGCUACUCUUACAGCGGCAGUACUGUCAGCGACACUGUUGCUGCUGGAAAGGACGUUUACGCCCUGCUUACUCUGUUCUUCAAGCAAUUUCCUGAGUAUGCCGAGCAGGAUUUCCACAUCGCUGGAGAAUCCUAUGCUGGCCACUACAUUCCUGUUUUUACUUCUGAGAUCCUCUCUCACCAGAAGCGCAACAUCAACCUGAAGUCCGUCUUAAUCGGCAACGGCUUGACCGACGGUCUCACCCAGUACGAAUACUACCGCCCCAUGGCCUGUGGCGAGGGUGGCUAUCCUGCUGUGUUGGAUGAGAGCAGCUGCCGCUCCAUGGACAAUGCUCUUGGUCGAUGCCAGUCUAUGAUUGAGUCUUGCUACAACAGUGAGAGUGCUUGGGUCUGUGUCCCCGCCUCCAUAUACUGUAACAACGCCCUCCUCGCUCCUUAUCAGCGCACCGGACAGAACGUGUACGACGUUCGGGGCAAGUGCGAGGACGAGAGUAACCUUUGUUACAAAGGUAUGGGUUACGUUUCCGAAUAUCUGAACAAGCCUGAAGUCCGUGCGGCUGUCGGUGCCGAGGUUGAUGGUUACGACUCCUGCAAUUUUGACAUCAACCGCAACUUCCUCUUCCAUGGUGACUGGAUGAAACCUUACCACCGCCUUGUCCCUGGCAUUCUUGAGCAGAUACCUGUUCUCAUCUAUGCUGGUGAUGCCGAUUUCAUCUGCAACUGGCUCGGAAACAAGGCCUGGACUGAGGCCCUUGAAUGGCCUGGCCACAAGGAGUUCGCCGCAGCUCCCAUGGAGGAUCUAAAGAUCGUCGACAACGAACACACUGGCAAGAAGAUCGGCCAGAUCAAGACCCAUGGCAACUUCACCUUCAUGCGCCUCUAUGGUGGCGGCCACAUGGUUCCCAUGGACCAGCCUGAGGCAUCCCUUGAGUUCUUCAACCGCUGGUUGGGUGGCGAGUGGUUCUAAAUGAGACGAGCCAAAGCGCCUUAAGUCAGCGGAUCCUCUGAGUUGCUUUUAGUGCUUUAGAACAUCUUUCCUUGCUAUAGUCUUUUCCUGUUUUCUCAAUGCGAAGAUGUUUCCUUUCACGCUCUUGUCCACUGCAUAUACGGAUUACCACUAGUCUUCAUAUCUUUCAUUAUUGGUUGUGAUAUCGCGUUGACGUGCAUAAUCAGGGUCAUUUCAAAUACUGCACUUCAUCACAUUCACAAUUUCAAUGCGCAUAGAGGAUUGCAAUUCUUUGUCGACAUGGUGUAGGCCGAACGGGACUGGUAUGGAGUUUAUAUAAUUACGGCAGCUUCUAACUUAGGAGUGUGCCUAGCGAGCUGUAUGGAGAGAUGAAUGUGACUGAAGCUACAAGAAU